CAUCUGGGAACUCGUGCAACCGACUGAGCAGCGACGAAGGUUCAGCGGGACACGGCUAGCUGGCGCCUCGGCGUCGACGAGGGGCAAGCAGCAGCCGAGGCUCGUCCGCAGGACCCCGCGACCCGGCACUCGGCCGUGGCAGUCGUUCUUCUGACACGCCCGCCGGUGCUCUGGCCCAAGCCGUGUCAGCCGCCUCCCGCCCUUCAGCGCUGCGGCUGAGGCCGUCGGCAGGACCCCGCGACUCGGCACUCGGCCGUGGCAGUCGUUCUUCUGGCGCGCCCGCAGGUGCUCAGGUGCUCUGGCCCAAGCCGUGUCAGCCGCCUCCACCUUUUGCAGCGCUGCAGCCCCCGGCGCCAUGGUGUUCGCCCGCCUCGCCGCCCUGCUCGCGCUCGCCGGCGGCGCGUGCGCCUUCGUGCCCGGGGCCGUGAGCGACCCCGCGGCCCGGGCGGCGGCGCCCGCGGCCGCCGACGGCGCGGGCCGCCCCGGGCCCUCCGCCGAGCCCGCCCCGGUGGGCGCCUGCGUGCUGGCUGGGCUCGGCCUCGGGUACGCUGCCGCCGUGGCCGGCAGGGACGGCCCGCCGGGCGGAGCCGAAGCCGCAGAUCGCGGCGGCGCGGACCCCCGUGGCCUACCCCAUCUUCACCUUCCGCUGGCUGGCGGUGCACAUGCUGGCGGUGCCGACCGUCUUCUUCCUCGGGGCCAUCAGCUCCAUGCAGUUCAUUCAGCGCUGAGCUGCCGCUCCCGGGGGGGGCUGCGCUCGGCUGCGGCCUGCCAGUGGCGUCGGCGGGACGGCAUGCGUGGUGGAGCAUCGCCGCGCACUGCCCACAAAGAGCAUUUCUUCGGCACGGCGCGUUUCUUGCGCUGAGGUGGCCGCUGACGGUUGCCUUGAUUUUCGAUCGGGGGUUUUGCACCUGCACUCGGCAGCAGUCUGACGUCGGGCUGCUUAGUUUGGCAGCCGAGUCUGUGGAUUGGGCAGCGAGCCUUGGCAGUCUAGGUUGCCACCUGGGUGGCCUCUCGUUUGACAGCAAGACUUCCGCCGAACAGUAGUUGCCCCUCGUGCGCUUUGCUCCCCGAGCGGGGUGACGAAAACACCGCCAGUAUGCCGCUGUGCGUGUUCGUGUGAUGUGUGUUUGUGUGUGCAUGCGUGCUUCACAGCACAUCCGUUUCUUGUGGCGUGGCCC